AGAAUACACUGUUGUAUACUUCAAACGCUAACAAUUUGUAGAUAUAGCUUCAUCCGUCGUAUAUACACAACACUAUCGCUAAUAUGGUACACAGCACAAUGUCUGAACAGUCCGUGGUGGAAUUUGACGUGAAUAACAGAUGCGUCGUUUCACCCGACCACGCUGCGCGGUCGUUGCUUAUGUUACAAAGGCACGAUGACUCAAACGAGGACACUCCUAGGAACAGUCUAAGCAACCUACACUCACACCAGCGUCACAGCGAUGAGUAUAACAAUUCACAAGAGUACCAUGACUCGCAAGUAGUCAGGCGCACCAGCAGUCAUUUAAGUCAGGAUAGUAACCUCAGCUCCGACGAAGACCAGAACUCGACUGUCAGCUUUGUGCGUUACACGCGCGUAUGUCCAAACUGUCAUUGUGUGAGAGACGUCCAGGCUUUCAGAAAUUCUGACGUAUCCACAUGUGAUAUCUGCUUGGACCGUAUCCGUGCGGACUCAAACCCCUUGUGGCAAGGUCUGAUUGCGGCCGCGAACUCAGACUUGGCCCAGAGCUUUGGAGUCGGAGCUAGAGCGCAGAAGAGCACAUACACUGCGCAUUCAUCCAUGGGUUAUCUGAAGGGCGACCAUACAAACGACCAAGGGAAUGAAUCAAUGUAUCAAUUCGUAGAGGAGCCAAACUCGGUAUACCACGGAUAUGCCAUCAAGUCAGAGAAUGGAGGCAUGGGUCAAUAUCCGCAACAACACAACCAGAUGCCCAUGUCUGGCGACGGUUCUGGGUCCACCCUAAUGCAUAAUCAGAUGGACGCACGAAGUGCCAUCUCACACGAGCCCUGUGUGAACUGCAAGACGCUUAAGUCUCCCUUGUGGAGGAGGGAUCUGCAAGGCAAUUGCCUCUGUAACGCAUGUGGACUAUAUCAUAAGGCACAUGGGACACAUCGUCCUCUUAAGCGUGCGAUGGGCAGCUUUGUGCGCACUAACGCGACACACCCCAUGGGGCCUAUGUCUUGCUCUAAUUGCGGCACGGAGAACACCACUCUUUGGAGACGAAAUGAUCAAAACAUGGUUGUUUGUAAUGCGUGUGGACUCUACGAGAAGCUGCACAAGCGUUCCAGACCUAUCGGUCUCACGAAGACUAACGUCAUCAAGAAGAGGAAGCGCAAGAGUAAGAGUCUGAAACCCCUUUUGCCCAUCAAAAUACAGCCAGCGCUGAGGUGUCUGGCCCCCGCAGUCACGUAUGGACCCUCUCCUUCUGCGUAAAUUGUUACUGCCAAUUUACUACCUACAUCGAACCCACCGGUUUGCGUGAAAAAUUUAUACCUCGCAACGCAACUCUCCUGUAGAGGGCAGUCGCGCGCGACAAUGAUUAUGUGUGAACAACACUAGUCACAUCUCUCUUUAGAAUAAGCUUAUAUAGCCUACAGCUAUUGUAAGUUACGGCGCUCAGCGCAAGGUCAUCAUUACAAACACAGUUUGUUGGCCUAUAAACAGUAUCGUCAAUACACCGAAUGAGGGAGACAACCUCACAAGCGAGCAGGAGCACAGGUGACACCUUUCUUACCAGACACCGUGGUAUGACAGGAAGCCGUCCACUCUCAUUAUCGCAGAUCAAAAUGGGAUACUUUGAAACAAUCCUUCAAUCACACCCACCCCUCGAACAGUUGGUAACAUAGCAACUCGUCUUCAACUAGAACCCCUCGUAUAUUGUAAAAGCAUAUGCAAUACUCGAAGGGGAACAACCACCUGUCAGCCCUGAAACUGAGACGGUCGGCAACACACAUCGUCCGACAACGAAUUCGAAACACCAUCCAGAUCAUCUGAGCAGACAUAAUGGAAAUGGAAGUUUGUCUCGCACAUUCUCAGUACAGCCAAAUAUUGUAAAUCUAGCCGAAGGAUCGGCAUUUGCUUCCUUCGACCAUUAAAUAAAUUUUUAAAAACUGA